AUGGCGGGUGAGUCCGCCAUGGAGCUGCUGUUUUUAGAUACCUUCAAGCAUCAGAACACGGAGCAAGGCAGCAAUGUUGACGUGGUCCGAUUUCCAUGUGUAGUCUACGUCACUGAGGUUCGAGUCAUCCCACCAGGAGUUAGAGCACACAGCAGCCUGCCAGACAGCAGGGCCUAUGGGGAGACCUCGCCACACACAUUUCAUUUAGACUUAUUCUUCAACAAUGUCACCAAGCCAAGUGCCACUGUGUUUGACAGACUCGGAAGUUUGGAAUACGAUGAAAACAACUCUCUGAUCUUCCGACCAAGUACAAAGGUUAAUACAGAUGGACUUGUGCUGAAGGGAUGGUACAAUUGCCUCACUUUGGCUGUCUAUGGAUCAGUUGACCGAGUGAUCAUAAACCAUGAGCGAGAUUCUCCCCCUCCACCACCUCCACCCCCACCUCCCCCACAGCACCAACAGAUUGGAAUGAAGAGGAAUCCAAAGCAUGUUGAAGAAGAGAAGGAAGACCAAUACAAUGGUAGCCCACCAAGACCACAGCCAAGAGGCCCCCGGACUCCACCAGGUCCUCCCCCACCUGAUGACGAUGAUGACGAUGAGCCAAUGCCAACUGCAGGUGGUGAAAAAGAAGACGAGCGAGAACCAAGGGAAGGUUACUUUGAGCCCAUAUCUCCUGACCGAGUAUCUAUUCACCCUGAUGGUGCUUACUCUGAUGAAGAAGAAGGGGAUGAUGAUCCUCAGGAUGAUGGAGAAGAUGAUGAUGAGGAGGAAGAAGAUGACGAUGACCUCAAUGCUGAAGAUGAUGAAGAUGAGGAUGAUGUUCAAACAGAGGACAGCCUUGUUGAUGAAGAAGAUGAUGAAGAGGAUGAGGAGGAGGAAAUUGAAGGAGAUGACGGUUAUGAGCAGAUCUCCAGUGAUGAAGAUGGAAUUGCUGACUUUGAAAGAGAAUCAUUCAAAUAUCCAAGUUUUGAUAUAGAUUACACUCCUGAAGACUUGGCAUCCGUGCCCACCAUGACUUAUGAUCCUUAUGAUCGUGAUUUAGGCCCUCUCCUGUACUUCAACUGCCCAUACAGAACUGCUUUUGAGAACGAAGUUAACAAGCUGCGUGAUCAGGACCUUGAUAAAGAAACUUCUGGGGCCAGUGAGACAUCAAUAAAGUUAUUGGAAUUAUUGGAUCUGUAUCAGGAUGACAGAGGUGCAAAGUGGGUUACAGCACUAGAAGAAGUACCCAGCCUCAUAGUGAAAGGAUUGAGCUUUCUGCAGCUUAAAGAGCCUGGACGGGACCAUCUAAGCCAGUUAGUUGAUUGGGCGAUGCAAGCGUUGGAUUUGCAGCUGGCUCUGCAGCAGCCUAUAGCCUUGAAUGUCCGACAGCUGAAAGCUGGCACAAAGUUGGUGUCCUCCCUAGCAGAAUGUGGCACUCGAGCUGUAGAAUCUCUAAUAAAAGCUGAUGUCAUCAACAAAUUGUAUGACUUGCUGUUUGCAGAACAUGUGUCGUCUUCUCUCAAAUUAAAUGCUUUUAAAUCCCUGGACAGUGUCAUCAGUACAACUGAAGGCAUGGAUGCAUUUUUAAGGAACCGUACAGAGAUGCAAGUAAAAAGUGGUUACCAGAGACUGUUGGAGUUGAUCUUGUUGGACCAGACUGUUAGAGUUUUUACAGCAUGUUCUGCUGUGCUACAGAAAUGUCACUUUAAUGAAGUUCUUUCUGACAUAAAGAGAACAGCAGACCAGUUAGCUGACCGCACGCCGCCUCCUUCAAACACUGGAGAGCGAGAACAGGAGACAGCAACUGCUCCAGAGAGAUCAAACCGUGACUUUGACAAUGAUGCUGAAGUUCCUAUGGAUAUGGACAAUCUCUUGGAAUCUACAAGUAUUAGCGAAGGGGAACUGGAGAAAUUGAUGGGACUUCUGAAUGAGAUUUUUCAUGUAUUAGAGACAGCACCACACACCAUGAUCCAGCCUCCUGUAAAGUCUUUCCCAACAACAGCCAGAAUCACCGGGCCUCUUGAAAGAGAUGACCCCUAUCCUAUCAUAUAUCGGUUCCUGCACAGUCACCAAUUCUUGGAAUCUGCAACGGUGCUUCUGUCUCUUCCAGGGACAAGCUCUCACCCUGGGAUUGUUCAAGCUGUAAGAGAGAUAUUGCGGUUUCUGGCACAGUCGCAGAAGGGCCUCCUGUUUCUGUUGUUUGAGAAUGAAGCAACAAACCUGAUCGCCAGAGCCCUUUGCCAGGUGUCUGAGCAAGAUCAGGAGGACAAUCUGCAAACGGAGGGGAACAGCGAAGACUCUUGUGCCUUGUGGCUCCUGCAUGCCACCCAAGCUUUGCAGUACAUCUCUGAACUCUUCCACCAUUUCCAGAAUUGUACAGGCGCAGAAGAGGCCGAUCAUGCUAAUUUGUUGGGGAUCCUUCACAACCUUUACCUGAUCAGCUUCAAUCCUGUUGGCAGGUCUGCUGUGGCCCAUGUCUUUAGCCUGGACAAGAAUCUGCAAUGUCUCAUAACUUUAAUGGAGUUCUGCUCAAAGGAAGCACUUGGUGAUGCAAAAUCGAAGAAAUCUGUGGCCUAUAACUAUGCCUGUCUGCUUGUGUUGCUCGUGGUGCAAACAUCAAAUGAUGUUCAGAUGUUGGAGGAUCACUCUGCAUCUCUGCUCAAGUUGUGUAAGGCAGAUGAGAACAAUGCCAAACUGCAAGAGCUUGCUAAAUGGUUAGAGCCAUUGAAAACUAUUCGCUUUGAGAUAAAUUGUAUCCCCAACCUAAUUGAUUAUAUUAAACAGAAUGUUGACAAUUUGAUGGCCCUGGAGGGUGCUGGACUGCUGACUGCUCUUAGGAUUCUUUGUCAUGUGGCUUGCCCACCAGCUGCUGUUGAGGGACAGCAAAAGGAUCUUAAGUGGAAUCUCGCUGUCAUUCAGCUUUUCUCAGCUGAGGGACUGGACACUUUCAUUCGCAUUUUACAGAAAAUGAAUAGCAUCCUCAUCCAACCAUGGAGACUUCAUGUCAACCUCGGGACCACUUUGUACAGGGCAAUCACAAUCUCUGUAGCCCGCUGCACUUUGUCUCUACUCAAAACAAUGCUGACUGAGCUAUUGAGAGGUGGCUCUUUUGAGUUUAAGGACAUGCGUGUUCCAUCCACAUUGGUCACCUUGCACAUGCUCCUCUGCUCCAUACCUCUUUCUGGAAGGUUGGAUGGUGAAGAGCAGAAGAUCCAAAGUGACAUCAUAGACAUCCUUCUGACUUUUACCCAAGGUGUAAAUGAGAAGAUGACCAUCUCUGAGGAAACAUUGGCUAAUAACACAUGGUCAUUGAUGCUCAAAGAAGUGCUUUCCUCUAACUUAAAAGUUCCUGAAGGAUUCUUCUCUGGACUUGUCAUAUUGUCAGAACUUUUACCCUUCCCACUUCCAAUGCAAACAACUCAGGCUAUUGAACCACAGGACAUUGCAGUGGCUCUGAACACCAGGAAGUUGUGGAGUAUGCACCUACAUGUUCAUUCUAAGCUGCUUCAAGAUAUUGUGAAGUCUUUCUCUGGGACAUCUUGCCAGCCUCUGCUGCAUAUGAUAAGGCGAGUCUGUAUCCAGCUGUGUGACCUGGCCUCACCCACUGCACUUUUGAUUAUGCGCACUGUAUUGGACCUCAUAGUGGAAGAUCUGCAGAGUGGUCCGGAAGAGAAAGAAAAACCGUGUACAGGCCAGACAGCUCGUCUACUUGCGCUCUUGGACUCCCUAGCUGCCCAGAGCUUGCAAAGUUGCUGUUCUUCAUCUUAUUAACGGAGGUAAAGGUGAUGAGCGAUAUAAUGAAAUUUUCCAAAAGAUGCUGAACGUCAUGAAAUCUGCAAGUGACAACAUCAUCCACCAGCAGUGUGCAGAGUAUAUAUCCUCCAUUGUGCAGUACCUCUGUGACCAGGAUAUUGCUCUCAUUCUGCCAAGCUCAGGGGAAAGCCCAGUAUCUGAAUUAGACCAGCUUGCUAACUCCCUGCCUAGCAAGGAUCUCCUUCCAUUUGUCUGUGAAAGUUUGAUGGAGAGUUUAGGCAACAAUGACAGCAGUUACACUUCACUUCUUACCUGUAUUCGCACUAUGAUGUUCCUCUCUGAGCACGAUUAUGGCUUUUACCACUUAAAGAGCUCUCUUAGGAAACACAGCACUGCACUCUAUUUAUUAUUGAAGAGAAUUGUAUGUGGGUUUGGCAAGGACAUGGGAGAACUGGCUUCUUCAUUCUUGGAUUUCAUGAGACAGAUCCUGAACUCUGACUCAGUGGCUGCUGGGGAUGACGGAGGAAUGAUGGAAGUGGAUGGAUCUCACCACACGAAGACCAUGGGGCUCAACCCUGGUGAGAUGAAGCAGCUGCUCCUCAGCAAGGAAGACAUGACUCAAAAUCUGGUUCUUGAUCUGGAGAAACUUGUCCUGGAGCAGUCAAAAGAGGAUGAUACUUUGGAGUCUUUACUGGAUAAUGUGUCUGGAAUCAGGCAAAUACUUGAAACUGUGAAGGAGCCAUUGCCUCUCGGUGACCAGGACGUGGAGCCAGUUUUAUCUGCGCCAGACACUCUGCAGAAUCUAUUCAAUAACAGGACUGUGUACAUUUUAGCCGAUGUAAUGGACGAGCAGCUGAAGUCUCUGUCAUUUUCACCAUUCCAGCCAGAGGAAGCAGAUGUGGACCUAGACAUGAUGAAAGUUGAUUUGAUUGACCUUUCUGCCAAAUGCUGCAGUGACUUUGACUUAAAGGCGGAACUGGAGAAAUCCUUUUUGUUGGAGCCAUCAUCACCUGGAAGGACAAAGACCACUAAAGGGUUUAAACUAGGAAAGCACAAACAUGAGACUUUCAUUACAAGUGGCAAAUCUGAAUAUAUCGAACCAGCAAAGAGAGCCCACUUUGUGCCUCUUCCUCGUGGGAGGGGCAGGGGUGGCUUUGGACAGGCUAUGCGCCCUCAUGACCUCUUUCGCCAGAGGAAACAAAAUACAAGCCGCCCACCUUCCAUGCAUGUGGAUGAUUUUGUGGCAGCUGAACGAAAAGAAGUGGUGCCUCCAGUUGGAAUCCCGCCUCAGAAGCGGCCGCCAAAAGCAACACAAAAGGUGUCAUCAAGAGGUGGUUUUCCAGGAAAUCGUGGUGGCAGAGGGGCUUUCCAUAGCCAGAGCAGAUUCUUUACGCCACCUGCUCCUAAAGUAAACUACAGUCGCCGUGAAGGAGUCCGGGUCAUAAACUGGCCUGGCCAAGCUGCUCCGAGAGCCGCCUAUGUGGAAAGCAGAGGAGCACAAAGCAACUUUGACAGAGGACCAUUGCCCCCUCUGAGACAGAGCUCUACAGGAUACCGUCCAAAUCCACGUGAACGAGCCACCAGGGGCCGCGGUGGGCUAGGCCCAUCCUGGAAUAAUGCAGCAGGCAGUGGAAACGCUUCCCGUGGAAAGUUUCUGGGGGGAAAUGGCAGCAGAGGACGUCAUGUACGCUCCUUCACCAGAUAG